AUGUCUUCAUCCACCACCCUCUAUCAACGCGCCCAGAAGAUCGACUCGGUCGCAACAUCCUCCCUCCUCCCAACCAGCACCAGUCUCUUCCAGGCUCUUUCCUAUGCUCUUGAGAACUCCGAUGCCAACAAUAUCCCACCCAUCACCAUCUCGCCAUUGCAAGGCCAAUACCUGGCGAUCCAAGCACAGUUGAUCAACGCAAAGAACAUCCUCGAAGUCGGCACUUUGGGAGGCUACUCAACACUGUGGUUCUUGAGUGCCGGUGCCCACGUCACCUCCCUCGAAAUUAACCCUCAUCACCGGGACGUGGCGCUGCAGAAUCUCAAGCACGCAGGCUACGUGGAGGGCAAGGACUUUGAAAUCAUCCUCGCACCUGCCUUGGACACCCUCCCGCGUCUUCUCACAGACCAACAGGACGGCAAAAGAGGCAAAUUCGACUUGGUCUUCAUCGACGCGGACUGGUCCGAGCAAUACGAGUAUUUCCAACACGCCGUGCAACUCGCGCGGCCGAAUGGGUGCAUUUACGUCGACAAUGUUGUCCGUGAAAUUCUCGAGGGAUCCAAUAGCGAAGAGUUCGAGGCCGGGCGGAAGGAGAGCUUGCCCGUCAAGGUGGGCAAGGACGAGAGAGUAAAGGCCACGCUAGUGAGUGUGGUCAGCAGCCACAAGGGACAUGAAGGCGAGGCGUUUGAUGGGUUUCUCUUGGCCGUCGUCAAGGGGUAG